AUGUCUUCGAGCUCAAUUAGUAAAAGAAUAUAUAUACCAAAAUUUUAUGCUGAUGUUAAUAUCCAUAAGCCAAAAGAAUAUUAUGACUAUGACAAUUUAGAACUACAAUGGAACAAACCAAACCGAUAUGAAAUUAUGAAAAAGAUUGGGAGAGGAAAAUAUAGUGAAGUUUUUAAUGGAUAUGACACAGAAUAUAACAGGCCCUGUGCAAUUAAAGUAUUAAAACCUGUUAAAAAAAAAAAAAUAAAAAGAGAAAUAAAAAUAUUACAGAAUUUACAUGGAGGACCAAAUAUUAUCAAGCUGUUGGAUAUUGUGAAAGAUCCAGUGACAAAAACUCCAUCUCUUAUAUUUGAAUAUAUAAAUAAUAUCGAUUUUAAAACAUUAUACCCCAAAUUUACGGAUAAAGAUAUACGAUAUUAUAUAUAUCAAAUAUUGAAAGCAUUGGAUUAUUGUCAUAGUCAAGGUAUAAUGCACAGGGAUGUCAAGCCACACAAUAUUAUGAUUGAUCAUGAAAAUAAACAAAUAAGAUUAAUCGAUUGGGGAUUAGCAGAAUUUUACCAUCCAGGCCAAGAAUAUAAUGUUAGAGUUGCUAGUAGAUAUUACAAAGGCCCAGAACUUCUUAUCGAUUUACAAUUAUAUGAUUAUUCUUUAGAUAUAUGGAGUUUAGGAUGUAUGCUUGCGGGCAUGAUAUUUAAAAAAGAACCUUUUUUUUGUGGACAUGAUAAUUAUGAUCAACUCGUUAAAAUUGCGAAAGUUUUAGGAACUGAUGAUCUUCAUGCUUAUUUAAAAAAAUAUAACAUAAAAUUGAAACCACAUUACCUUAACAUUUUAGGAGAAUAUGAAAGAAAACCCUGGUCUCAUUUUCUUACGCAGUCCAAUAUAGAUAUUGCCAAAGAUGAAGUAAUUGAUCUCAUUGACAAAAUGUUGAUCUAUGACCACGCAAAGAGAAUUGCACCAAAAGAAGCUAUGGAACAUCCCUACUUCAGUGAAGUGCGCGAAAAUUCGUGA